UUUUUCUUCGUAUCAAAAUCGUUUAAAGUUUAACAUCUUCGUUAUUAAAUUGCCAUUACUUUGCCCAUCACUUUAGAGAUUUUUAAACCUGAUAAACUAAAAAUUUAUAUAUAUAAGAAUUGUCUCAGCUUCUUUACACAAUUAAAAUGGUUCUUUGGACAGAGUUAUGGAGCUCAGUGGAGCAGUUAAUGUUUUGGAUUUUGGGGGGAAGUAUCAGAUACAAAAGCCAUGGAAGAUUCCUGAACAUAGAACCUGGCACCUGUUUUUCACAGAACAUAUUAUGUUUCAGGAGCCUCUGGGGCUUUGCAGUCCUUGUUGGCCUGGCUGGUAGCAAACUCCUCGUAGAGCAGCUUGUGGGAGGGGUCAGUUGUUCAAGUGAAACAAAGACUUUUCGAUAACUGACUAAUAUCAAGGCCCAGUGAUGGCUCUCGGCAAUUUGAGUUAGACAAAGGAGUAGCCUUUGUAUCUCUUUGACUUUCCUUUCCCCCCAUGCAAUUUUAAUUCCUAAUAUUUCUAGCUGCAUUUGUCUGUUGUCACCUGACUCUGUGUUUGGGGACAGCGCUGGUCCAGAUGCAGCCCACACAACCUCUGUAGACAGCGGCAAAGAACUGAUCUUUAAAAGAGAAAAAAGAGAAAAGGCUCUUUGCUGUGUACUUCCAUGAGCCCCUUUUCUCAAACCGAAAGUAAAUAGAAAAUUCUAUGGCCUUUCUAUUUGCACAGACCCAGAAAGUACCCCAGUCAUCCAGGUAAUGAAAGAAUACUUCUUAGUUUUGUCACUUGGAUGUAUAUUUUGGGGAAAAAAAAUACAAUAGGCUCUAUUGAUUUAUAUUUUUGAGAUUUUUCUAUCUCAAGAAGCACAUUUAGUUGGAAAUGGCCUUUUAAUGUGGUAUAACACUUAUGCAUAUACAGGCUACAGCUUUGGCAACAUUAGCCAGCUGCUAGUCACUUCUGAGGAGAGACACUGAAAAUACCAGUUUCAGCAUCAAUAAAGGUGAAUGGUUCUUAACACAAAAAACAAAUGGGUAUCAAUUCUGUAAAUCCAGGUAAAGAAGAAUACUCUAUUCUUCAAGUUUUGCACUAGUCUCACCUACCUAAUGCUAUGCAGCUGAAAUCGAGUUUGAGUGUUGAAACACUCUGUUCAGAACUGCCUUUAAUGCGCUUUUUGGCAGUUGUGGGUUUGGGCCUGAGAUGUUUAAUAUGUGAGCAACGUUCCAGCUAUCUCCAAACUAAUCCUAGAAUUUGGAUCGUGCAGUGCUCAUUACUGACAUUUUACGGGUGCAGUAAAAAACAUUCCAAGAGGGCUGAGGGAUUCAAUCAGCAAACCUGAAUUCAUUACAGUAACUUGAAUAGUGUGGGAAUUGGGCAUCAUUACCGCCAAACCGAAAUCUCAUUACCAUUCUUAAUAGUCUUUCAGCGAGCUCUGGCUCCUCUUCCUAAACUAAACUAGAGAGUAUCCUCUGGUGGGAAAGACUGUCGCAUUACAGUGUUAAACAGGUAGCAUAGACCAAGGGAGCCACCACUCCUGCAAGGCCAUGUUUUUGAGAAGGGGAGCCGUGCUCCCAUCACUGUGUUCUGUCCUCAGCCUCUGAGUUUCCAUGCUUGACCUUCUGAUUGUCUGCUCCCCUUCUUUGACCCUGAUCUUUGUGAUUUUGUGGGACUUGGAUCAAAUUGACAGCAACCAGGGCCAAACGGAAGAGGCAAAGGCAAUAGUGACCUGUAUGACCAGGGCCCAGGAGAGUGACCCUAUGGAAGAGGGACUCAGGAAGGUGCCGGACCUUCACAAGGAUGACCUGGCCCAGCGGAGGAUUCGGGGCAGAGCGGCCCCUCUCCGAGAACCUCUGAGCUUUGUCACACUCGCCAGUAUGACAGAAUCCGACCUCGAGACGUGGGAGAGACUGAAGGUGUCAGGAAAGACGAGAAAUCUUUGGGACUUAUGUCUGGUUCUGACUAGGGAUGGAGAUGUUCAGCCCAUCUGUGCCCCCGAGCCUUCACCAGAAAUUAAAGCGGAAACUGCCCUCCGAGAUGACUUUGCCAGCCGCAAAGCAAGGGCUUAUCAGAAAGCAUCCAGCCCCAAGCAAAAGUUUGUGCACUUUGGGCCAGUGACAGAGAUAGACCAGCAGACGUGGCAGCGACUCAGCAUUGGCAAGCCUGGGCCGAGGGAAGAGGGAGACACCGUCGGUCACGGCAGCCAGGUUCAGAUGGACUCUGGGUCUCCUGUCUCGGUGGCCUCCAGCUCAAAGGAAGACCACGUGCUCAACGCACAACAUGGCCACAGGUAUACUUGCCCUUCGUGUGCACAGAGGCCUGCAUGGGACCCACUGCUGCUUCUCAGGAGUUUGCUGCAGCACAUGUGACAACUGCCUAGACGCGACAGAGCUGUAACAGACCGUGCUGUGUCACAGAGACGCGGUGGUAGUGGCCACCCCGGGGAGUGCGCACAGGCUCAUGGCACGCGUGCAUUUUGAUUCUGUUGUCGCCAGAAUCACUGCCUGGGAGGAAAUGCUGAUAAUCUGGGCAAAUGGCCCUUCCCCCUCAGCUGCAUUAAAUACUGUUUUAUUAGUUGAAAAUACUGAAUGACCUGAAUGGAAUGCUUUAAUGAUACCGCUAGUGCUUCUCCUAAAAAUACCCCGAUAAAAGUCGGUUUAUCUGUAACUUCCCUCUUUCCUGUCUCACAGAGGGAGGAAAAAAGUAGUUACUAGUAUCAUGACUUCAAAUUUUGGACAUCUAAGCAGAUAAAUAAAAAAGGUCUCCUCCUUCCCCUACUUUUUAAAAUUAUAUGAUAAAUCUGGAGUAAAAAGAGACUCCCCUUUGGGGGAUUUCUGUUAAUUCAAGAGUUUCCUUGGAUGAAAAACCAUUCAAACAUGGGAAGGGACACCUGGCAUUCCUGUCCUCCCUGAAGGCCACAGGCCCCCCUUUUUGGGGGCUUCAUUUCUGUGGGCUACUCUCUCUUCCAUGAAACAGACACAGGGCAUUUAUAAAAUUCAGGAUUGCCCCGGGGACCUCCACUCCCCUGAUAUGGUGGGAGCAAACUGAACUUCCGCCUCUCCCUGGCCAGAGGAAGUGUUCAUAACCCUCUCUGUAUUUUGUCCUUGAACUCCAGAGUGUAUGGCCUGUGACUUAUAGAAGGGAUCAAUUGGCCCUAGACUGUGAGUGACACCGUAGAGGACAAGCUGUCAACACCAGGAACACACAGUUAGAGGUUCAGAGCCGAUGGGGUCUGAGCUGGGAAUGAGGGUGAGGUAGGGAAUGAAUAAGAAUGUGUCCUGGAGGCCUUGAACCCCAAGUGACCAUUUCUCAGUCCUACGGUGACAGAGUCACGCCAGCCUUCUUGAUGUUUUCAGGCGCUUGCCCGAGUUCACAGUCCGUGAUUGCAGUCUGACUGUGUCAUCCUUACUAACCGGCCUUUGGAAUGACAGCAGCCAACUUCCCUCUUAAUCUUUCGGUCUCAAUGGCUUUUGCACCCCCUUUUUGUAACCCUUGUUCCCCUCUCUUGCCAUCAAUGCUGCUUGGUUACCCACAGAGGACCGAAUCCUGGCACAGAUGACUAUUGCAGAAGGGUCUCCUGGCUGGCUCCUGUGCCGGAGUCUCAGGAAGAGUGGGGCUGCAGUGCGGGCGGGAGCCCAACGAGGGCAGAAAAAGGUGAGGAGCAGCGACUCUUGCCUCUCUGGGAGGCCGAGAAGGACAGGGCCUCUGGUGUGUGAAUCCUUCCCUAGCAGUAAAGCUGUGCUCUCUGGCUUUAGUUACAUCUAAACACCUGCCACAGGAUGGCAAAGAAGAAAACGAAGGCGCCCCAAGAAAUUCUGAGAUGCUGCCAAAGGCAGAAUGUUCAGAGGAGAGCAGCCAGCCGCUGUGAGCAUCUUGCCUGAACCAUGUGCUGCCUCUGCUGUGUGUGGCUGUUGUGUUCCCAAAAGAUCGCAUAGAGUCGCAGUUCAUACGCGGUGAUGGUGUAGUGUGGAGUAAAGUCACUAAGGGUCAGAGUUCUGCUGCUGCUGCCCGCGCUGGGUGGAGAUUUAGCCUUUGCAUGUGUUUGGGUCCUGGCCAGAUUUCAUUCUUGGGAAUCACGGAAACCAGAAAGAGAAGCCCAUUCCAGUGUGAGUACCAGCUGCAUGGCAGAGGCUCGCAGUAUUGAAGUGGGGUUUCCUGCCCAGCUGCUGGGUGCACUGCUGCCUCCACGGAUGCCAGCUCCCUCUGCCUUGAAUUAACGCCAGUGAGUGAUGCUACUGCAGUUAUCUUUAGCAGUAACUGGCCUUUGACU